CUACGGUCAUACCGCACGUACUUCAGUGGUAAUCGCAUCCCAAACCGCAGCAGAACAAGGAAUAACUAUGAACCGCUACGCGGUAAGCUCGCUGGUGGGGCAAGGAUCCUUCGGGUGCGUCUACAAGGCGACGCGCAAGGACGACAGCAAGGUGGUGGCCAUCAAAGUGAUCUCCAAGCGCGGAAGAGCCACUAAAGAGCUGAAGAAUUUGCGCAGGGAGUGCGACAUUCAGGCCCGGCUGAAGCAUCCGCACGUCAUCGAGAUGAUCGAGUCCUUUGAGUCAAAGACGGACCUCUUCGUGGUCACUGAGUUCGCGUUGAUGGAUCUGCACCGCUACCUGUCCUACAAUGGAGCCAUGGGCGAGGAGCCGGCACGUCGGGUGACUGGGCAUCUGGUGUCCGCUCUGUACUACCUGCAUUCAAACCGCAUCCUCCACCGGGAUCUCAAACCACAAAACGUCCUGCUUGACAAGAACAUGCACGCAAAACUUUGCGACUUUGGACUGGCCCGCAACAUGACCCUGGGCACCCACGUGCUCACCUCAAUCAAGGGAACGCCCCUCUACAUGGCCCCGGAGCUGCUGGCGGAGCAGCCGUACGACCACCAUGCGGACAUGUGGUCACUGGGCUGCAUAGCCUACGAAAGCAUGGCCGGUCAGCCGCCCUUCUGCGCCAGCUCCAUCCUGCAUCUGGUGAAGAUGAUCAAGCACGAGGACGUCAAGUGGCCCAGCACGCUGACUAGCGAGUGUCGCUCCUUCCUACAGGGCCUGCUUGAGAAGGACCCCGGUCUGCGCAUAUCCUGGACGCAGCUGUUGUGUCACCCCUUCAUUGAGGGACGCAUCUUUAUCGCAGAAACGCAGGCAGAGGCGGCCAAGGAAUCGCCUUUCACAAAUCCCGAAGCCAAGGUCAAGUCGUCAAAGCAUUCCGAUCCGGCGGUAGGCGAUCUGGACGAGGCCCUGGCCGCUUUGAACUUUGGCGAGCCGCGACAGGAAAACUUGACCACCUCCCGCGACAGCAUAAACGCCAUUGCUCCCAGCGAUGUUGAGCAUCUUGAGACCGACGUGGAGGACAAUAUGCAACGUGUGGUCGUUCCGUUCGCGGAUUUGUCCUACAGGGAUCUGUCCGGGAUUCGAGCAAUGCCGGUGGUACACCAGCCGGUGAUCAACUCGCACACUUGCUUCGUCAGUGGCAACUCCAACAUGAUCCUCAACCAUAUGAACGACAACUUCGACUUUCAGGCUCCCUUGCGGAGCGGAGGCGUGGCCGCUAAGCCAAUAGUCUCUCCAACCGUACGGCAGUCGCGCAGCAAGGAUCUAGAGAAGCGUAAGCUUAGUCAAAAUCUGGACAACUUCUCUGUUCGCUUGGGUCACAGCGUCGACCAUGAGGCGCAACGCAAGGCCACGGAGAUUGCUACACAGGAAAAGCAUAACCACGAAAAUAAGCCUCCCGCUGAAGCCAUUUCCUACGCAAGUUCUCAGCCCCCGCAGCAGCAGCCACAACAACUUAAGCACUCAAUGCAUUCCACCAAUGAGGAAAAGCUGAGCAGCGACAACACUCCGCCGUGCCUGCUCCCGGGGUGGGAUAGCUGCGAUGAAUCCCAAAGUCCGCCCAUCGAAAACGACGAGUGGCUAGCCUUCUUGAACAGAUCGGUGCAGGAGCUGCUUGACGGCGAACUUGACUCAUUGAAACAGCACAACCUGGUGAGCAUUAUUGUGGCACCGCUGCGCAACUCCAAGGCCAUUCCACGGGUGCUCAAGAGUGUGGCCCAGCUGCUGUCGUUGCCCUUUGUGCUGGUGGAUCCUGUUCUGAUGGUUGAUCUCGAGCAAAUCCGCAACGUGUACGUGGACGUAAAGCUGGUGCCCAAUCUCAUGUACGCCUGCAAGCUGCUUCUCUCUCACAAGCAACUCUCGGACUCGGCCGCCUCCGCCCCACUCACCAUGGGUUCGCUCAGUCGAACGUUGCGUAGCAUCCCGGAGCUAACUGUCGAGGAGCUGGAGACGGCUUGCAGUCUGUACGAACUAGUCUGCCACUUGGUACACCUGCAGCAGCAGUUCCUCACGCAGUUCUGCGAUGCGGUAGCCAUUCUGGCAGUAAGCGAUCUGUUCCUCAACUUUCUCACACACGACUUCAGGCAAUCGGAUUCGGAUGCCGCCUCUGUUCGCCUGGCUGGCUGCAUGUUGGCCUUGAUGGGCUGUGUACUGCGCGAGCUGCCCGAAAACGCGGAGCUGGUAGAGCGGAUUGUCUUUAAUCCGCGGCUAAACUUCGCCUCGCUCCUGCAGAGCCGACACCACCUGUUGCGGCAACGUUCCUGCCAGCUUUUGCGCCUGCUGGCCCGCUUCAGCCUGCGCGGCGUGCAGCGCAUCUGGAAUGGAGAGCUGCGAUUUGCGCUGCAGCAACUCUCUGAGCACCACUCGUACCCGGCACUCCGUGGGGAGGCCGCCCAGACCCUCGACGAGAUCAGCCACUUCACUUUUUUCGUUACCUAGCCGGCACUUUCUUUUAUUGGC